UAGGCUGGAGCCCAGCUGUCUUAGGUGUUUGGAAGCCACAGCUGUGAUUCUCUCUGAGGUGGAGCUGGAGCCUCUUCCUCCUUCUCGUCGAACCACCUGUAAGUCAUCAGUCUCAUCAACUGUUGUGCAAAAGGACCAGCACUGCCAUCCAGACCUCGCCAGAUUAUCAUCUUGCUCAGUAUGGUUAACAGGCCAGUUUGCUUUUGCCUUUUCAUGCUACUCAUUCAGUGGGCUAACAUUACAUCUCUGUGCCUCCAGUGUGUAUCCUGACAGUAUAAGCCAUUUUCUACAACAAUGCCCUUAACUCAGUCGGCUUCCUCAGAGCACUUUCACACUCACCUGUCUGCCCGCCCUUUGUUGGCUCCCAUCGCUUACCUUACUUGUCUAGUUAACCUGAGAGGGACACACAGCCAUACCUAUACUUUUCUUUAGAAUGGACUCUGAUGUCUUUUUCGACAUGUCAGUGAGAAUUUAAAAUAGUUAGUGGUUAUAUGUAUGUGUGUCUUAUUUCCCCCUUUUUCUUUUUAAGUAGAGUCAGAGACCUUUAAGUGCAAUCUCUAAAUCAUGUAGAGGUGAUGUAGGAAUGGAUCCAAAAGUUUGCAGAAUGAAGAUGAAAUGCCUUUCAGCUCAAGAUGAGCAGAUGUGGAAUUUCAUGAAAAUGACAGAGAGGUCAUUUUUAUAGUAGAUAUUGCUCCUCUUUUAAACCAUCUGUCUUCUUGGUCCAAAAUCCGAACAUUGCAUCCUUGAAAGAGGGAGUAUUAUAGUUUAGGUGCAGAUGCAGAGCUGAGUCUUGUCUUGCUGGUGGCUCUUCUGUGUUGUGCCAUACGUUUAUGUGGCUGUUUUGAUUUCUCCACUGCACAGUAGUACACUAUGUUGCGGUACACUAUUGUUUGGGAGUUUGAUCCUUGGGAUGGACCACUCUUUGUCUCAUGGUGUGUCUGGGUCUGAAGUGCACUGGGAUGUCAUGCUUGGAGAAAGUUUUCUCUGUCAAACCUGCUACUUAAGGAAUGACAUUUUGUUUCUCCCUAGUUUCACAUAUUUUCAGAGCUUUCUUCAUGUGUGUGUGUGUGUGUGUGUGUGUGUGUGUGUGUGUGUGUGUUUUUCCUUUCUGUCUUAUGGCAGAGUGCCAAGAGAGGAACUGUGGUACUGGAUGAGGAAGUCAGAAGUAUGUGAGGGUGGUGCAGGAGAUGUAAGAGAACAGCAAAACAGUGAUAACGUGUGCAGUAGGAGUGACAAAUGAGUUUAAUGUGGGGGUGGGAUUAUAUCUCUGACCUCAUUUUUGUUUGCAGUAAUGAUGAACAGAUUAGGCAGGGGUCUAUGUGGACUUUGAUGUUCAGGUGCAUGAGGGUCGAUGAGUUUAAAUACAUGGAGUCAACCAAAGCACUGGACAGUACAUGAGUGGCGAAGUGACUGCAGGCAGGCUGGAGUGGGUGGAGACGAGUGUCAAGCAUGAUUUGUGUCAGGUUAAAAGUACAAGUUGGUAGUGAGAUAGUUCAUUGGUGGCACUGACAAAAAGACAGGCGACUGAGCUAAUGGUAGCAAAGCUAAAGAAUUUUCAUGGGGAGUGAACAGGAUGAACAAGAUUAGAACAUAUAAAAGGUGUAAGUUUGAGAUGCUUUGGAUGAGGGAUGCUGGAUACACUGGACAACGGACUUUGAAUAUGGAGCUGCCAGAUUCAAUUGUAUGCCAUUUUUCAGAAUCUCCUGGAAACCGUCAUUAUUUCGGAGCUGCAGGACAGCUGCUAAUUUUUCAUCUGCCAUUCAAAGCUAACUCUUCACUUUUAAUCAUGAAGGACGACAAACACAGGAUUUUAACCACAACUCAUCAGGGGAAAAUAAAAUUAAAUGAGGAACUUGCAGAUCAGUCACAAAGCAUAAACAACGGAACACUUAAGUUAGGUAAAGCUAUGAAGAAACACUCAGGAUAUUACGUGUUGGAGGAAUUCGAUCCUUAUGGAAGAUUGCUGAAAAAUGUGAAAGUGUAUUUAAAAGUACACGCUCCAGUGUCAAAGCCAGCACUGUCUCAAACAUGCUGGGCACCAGAACAGAUGAAUGUCAGCUGCUUCUCUGAGGGAGAUGAAAUACAAUUAAUUUUGACUCUGGACGAUCGCGUUCUGAUACAAAGCAAAGACCAAUCCCUGAGCAACUGGACAGCUGAGAAAUCCAUUGUUUCAAAGGUUACCAUCAGCUUGCAUGGGAAGCUGACAGGAAACCUUAUGUGUCGAGUUUGGAACAAUGUCAGCAGAGAUGAAACAACUAUUCACCUGGUAGCCUGCAAAGGUUCUGUUACAACUUUGACAGUGGCUGUGAUCGCAAAUGUCAUCAUGCUCUUUGUCAUUGUGAUUUUGAGUAUGAUUAUAAAAAAGUUUUGCAAAAAAAGAAGACCCGCAAAGGCCAAUGAGGGUAAUUUGGAUACUGAAAUUAUCUACACAGAUGUUAGAGUGAUAAGAAAGGCCAAUUGAAACUGCUUUUUCUGUAUUGAAACUCAGUGCAGAAAAAUCAACAUCGUAAAAGUUCCAGCACUGAACUUGAUCCUUAGGUGGACAAGCAGCUAUUAAGACAGAUGGAUGGAUCAAUAAAUACAUACUAAAUAAUGUUAUAUGACUGUUCUAACCUGGGUUGUUUUUUUUUCUUGUUUUUUUUUUUGCUUUAAUGUUGAAUUUUGCUUUGUAGUUGAUUAAAGAAAAGUUCAAACUUUAGCAACCACACACACACACACACACACACACACAGAAGAUCACUUUUUAAAUCACAAUAUAAUUGAUAUUAGGGUGAAGAUUAUAGCACUUGAGAGUUUUUGAGAUUAAUGUUGAAUUGUGCAGCUAUAUCACAUUUUUUACUAAACCUGCAUUUGAAUCUUUGAAAGUAUUUUAGAAAUUUGUACUUGGAAAAGGGAGAAAAUAAUUUUCUUUACACUAGAUCCUGGUUUCUAAUUCAAUUGCCAUUAAAAAUGAAGUAUGAAGUGCUACUAUAUGUAAUGAUUCUUGAGGAGUCUCCAAUUUUGUUAUUUUACUGCAUUUUCCUGUAGUUCUUUUCUUUUUCUUUACUGUAGUCACCAGACUUGUACAUUGCACUGUUUUCAACCUAAAAGUCAGUGCAAAUUACUAAACUCCUCAGUGACAGCAAUACUUCUGAAUGCUACUUCCCGCCACUUAAGGAACUUAAAUGCUAAAUACUCUGUAUAUGUGGCCACAUCUCAUUCUCUUUAAUUCUGUCAAUGUAUCUCUUUGCUGUAUUCCAUCUUUGUCAAUGAAAAUAAACAUCCCAGUUUGUUUGGCUAAGUUAGAAUGGAACAGGUUGUGGUUUGAACACACUCUGGCACGCUUGGUUUUCAUGUCUUAUGUGAAAUUUCCUGUUCUUUCUUUAAAAGAAAAACUUUGGUAAUACUGACUAUGUUGCCGAGUGUACCACGGAGUGCAUCAAAGAAAAAAAACAGAUCUAAGAUGUUAUGUCCACCGCAUUUCUGAGAAGCACAUUACAGGAAAGACUUCUUACUGCAUGGCAGACAGCUGAUGCUUUGUUGUUAUAUUUUCAGGAUUUUGUUAUCAGUAUUAGUAGAAUAAUAAAUAUAUAACAUUUUUAUAUGAUGUUUUUAAAACACAAUUUACACUUCAUGAUGUUACUCUCAGUGUAAAAGUCUGCAAAGCAACAAGUUAAAAGAUACAAUAAGUUUAUGUUCUCAUUUUAAUUAGUAAUCCCCAAAUGCAGAUGUAGUUUAAGAAACUGGAAAAUGUACUGCAGUCGUACCGUUAUGUAUAAUAUAUUGUUUGUUGGACAAAGAUAUAAUUUUUGGGGGUUUGAUUCUGUACAUUCUGACUCUUAUAUAUUGUUCAUAUUCUAUGCUGUCACAGUAUGGGCCAAGUC